CAUAGGGAAAGCAGCCACUCUAGACCAGAAGAGGGACUUAGCUUAAGUUUCCAGUGAGAGGUUUGGCUUCUGCAAGACUAGGAGGUCCACAGGAUGGCAGGCUCUGUAAGUGCUGAGUCUGCACCCAGCUCAUCAGCAAUAUUUCAAAGGGGAAGAAAAGUUCUCAUGCAGAAAGUGGAGACCUGGGUUCUGAGCCUUACACACCUGGCUUAGAAGGUAAGGGUAAACGUCCACUGUGUUUGACCUUAUAGAGGAGCCAGGCUCUGAAAACAGCAUCACUGUCUCAAGCAACAGGGCUGCAAAGUUGUUGACAUCUACAAUCACAUAUCAAAAAAGCAAUGGUAACUAUGGCGACCACCCUGGACAUCCAGGGUCCAGGAUUCCUAUGUUAUCCAAUGAAGAGAAGAAUGGAGCCAGUCCUUCACGGGAGUGGGCAGGAUGUCAAAUGCUCCCUCGGCUAUUUCCCCUGUGGGAAUAUCACCAAGUGCUUGCCCCAGCUUCUUCAUUGCAAUGGUGUGGACGACUGUGGCAACCAAGCGGAUGAGGACAACUGCGGAGACAACAAUGGAUGGCCUAUACAAUUUGACAAAUACUUUGCCAGUUACUACAAAAUGACCUCCUUGUAUCACUUUGAGACACGAACAUCUGAAUGCCUGGUCGGUUCUGUGCCCGUGCCAUGUCUUUGCCGAGGUUUAGAGGUUGACUGUGAUGAGACCAAUUUACGAGCUGUUCCAUCAGUUUCUUCAAAUGUGACUAAAAUGUCACUUCAGCGGAACUUAAUAAGAAAGCUUCCUCCUGAUGGCUUCAAGAAGUACCAUCACCUUCAGAAGCUGUGCCUGCAAAACAAUAAUAUUAGAUCCAUAUCCAUCUAUGCUUUCAGAGGACUAUACAGUCUUACUAAACUGUAUCUCAGUCAUAACAGAAUAACUUUCUUGAAGCCGGGUGUUUUUGAAGAUCUCCACAGACUAGAAUGGCUGAUAAUUGAAGAUAAUCACCUCAGUCGAAUUUCCCCACUAACAUUUUAUGGACUAAAUUCUCUUAUUCUCUUAGCACUGAUGAAUAAUGUCCUCACCCAUUUGCCGGAUAAACCUCUUUGCCAGCACAUGCCAAGACUGCACUGGCUGGACUUUGAAGGCAACCAUAUCCAUAAUUUAAGAAAUUUGACUUUUAUUUCCUGCAGUAAUUUAACUGUUUUGGUAAUGAGGAAAAACAAAAUUAAUCAUCUAAGUGAAAAUACUUUUGCACCUCUACAAAAGCUAGAUGAAUUGGAUUUAGGAAGUAAUAAGAUUGAAAAUCUUCCACCGCAAGUAUUUAAGGAUCUGAAGGAGCUCUCACAAUUGAAUCUUUCCUAUAACCCAAUCCAGAAAAUUCAAGCAAAUCAAUUUGAUUAUCUUGUCAAACUCAAGUCUCUCAGCCUAGAAGGAAUUGAAAUUUCAAAUAUCCAACAAAGGAUGUUUAGACCUCUAAUGAAUCUCUCUCACAUAUAUUUUAAGAAAUUCCAGUACUGUGGGUAUGCACCACAUGUUCGCAGCUGUAAACCAAACACUGAUGGGAUCUCAUCUCUCGAGAACCUCUUGGCAAGCAUUAUUCAGAGGGUAUUUGUCUGGGUUGUAUCUGCAGUCACAUGCUUUGGAAACGUCUUUGUCAUUUGUAUGAGACCUUAUAUCAGGUCUGAGAACAGACUGCAUGCCAUGUCAAUCAUUUCUCUCUGCUGUGCUGACUGCCUAAUGGGAAUAUAUUUGUUUGUCAUUGGAGCCUUCGAUCUCAAGUUUCGUGGAGAAUACAACAAGCACGCGCAGCUGUGGAUGGAGAGCAUUCACUGUCAGAUUGUAGGAUCUUUGGCCAUUCUAUCCACAGAAGUAUCAGUGUUACUUCUAACGUUUCUGACACUGGAAAAAUAUAUCUGCAUUGUCUAUCCUUUUAGAUGUUUAAGACCUAAAAAAUGCAGAACAAUUACAGUUCUGAUUCUCAUUUGGAUGACUGGGUUUAUCGUGGCUUUCAUUCCAUUGACCAAUAAGGAAUUUUUCAAAAACUACUAUGGCACCAAUGGCGUGUGCUUCCCUCUUCAUUCAGAAGACACAGAAAGUACUGGAGCUCAGAUUUACUCCGUGGCAAUUUUUCUCGGUAUUAACUUGGCAGCAUUUAUCAUCAUAGUUUUUUCUUAUGGAAGCAUGUUUUAUAGCAUUCAUCAAAGUGCCAUAACAGCAACUGAAAUACGGAAUCAAGUUAAAAAAGAGAUGAUCCUUGCCAAACGGUUUUUCUUUAUUGUAUUUACUGAUGCAUUAUGCUGGAUACCCAUUUUUGUGCUGAAAUUUCUUUCAUUGCUUCAGGUAGAAAUACCAGGUACCAUAACCUCUUGGGUAGUGAUUUUUAUUCUGCCUAUCAACAGUGCUUUGAACCCAAUUCUGUAUACUCUGACCACAAGACCAUUCAAGGAAAUGAUUCAUCAGUUUUGGUAUAACUACAGAAAAAGAAGAUCUAUUGACAGCAAAGGAAGUCAGAAAACAUAUGCUCCGUCUUUCAUCUGGGUAGAAAUGUGGCCGCUGCAGGAGAUGCCACCUGAGUUAAUAAAGCCAGCUCUUUUCACAGACCCCUGUGAAUUGUCACUAAUUUCUCAAUCAACUAGACUCAAUUCCUAUUCAUAACGGACUUUGAAACCCAUUUCUACACAGAGAAUAUUAUGGGAUGCUUCGUGAUGGAUUUAUUAGUAUAAAAUGAAUGCCACAAAAUUAAUAAUUUAUAAUGGCUGAGAUAAAACCAUUACAAAGACAUGAGGUUAUCUGGGAAAAAUCAAAGUGACUGAUGCCCAUAUAAAGGGAAAUAAAUUAUACUGAUAAUGUGUAUAUAUUGGUACAUAUUUUGCAUAGGAAAUUAAGAGAAAUCUAUUUCAGAAAGACUCAUUCAUUCUUUUACUAGGCAUUUAUUGAGUACCCACUAUGUGUAUAGCACUGCAGUAAAUUUCUGCAAGUAUAGAACCUGGAAGUAUAGAAUAGUAUGGAAUCUUUUCAAUUUGCAAUGUUAAAUUAUGUUUAGCUACAACAGAAUAGAUACAGCUCUUAGAUGAAGGUAGAGCUUUAUCUGUCGUGCACAUAGCAAACAUAAUAAUCAUGGACACUUUUAAAUAAAGGCUUAAGGUUUUGUAAUACUCAAUGUAAUGAAAAAUGAGAAAUGAGAAAAUGUCUGAUUGUUUGCAAAAUAUUUUGUUUUAAAAAUUCAUCUUACCUCUCAAGUUGCUGUACAUUUGAGAGGUAGUACAAGAUAUCUAUUUCUAUGAAAAAAGAUAUUCUGAUAAACUCAAAAAAAGCAUUUUACAGUCAACUAAUUUUCAACAAAGAUGCCAAGACAAUCAAAUGAGGAAAGUAAUGUCUGUUCAAAAAACGAUGCUGGGACAACUGGAUAUUCACAUGCAAAAGAAGGAAAUUGGACCCUUACCUUACACCAUAUAUAAAAAUUAACUCAAAAUUAAUCAACAACCUAAAAAUAAGACAAAACUCUCAGAAGAAAACAUAUGAGUAAAUCUUCAUGACCUUGGAUUUAGCAAUGGUUUGUUAGGUGUGUCAACAAAAGCAUAAGCAACAAAGGGGAAAAAAUUGAUAAAUUGGACUUCAUCUAAAUUAAAAACUUUUGUGUACCAAACAACACUAUCAAAAAAGUAAAAAAGACGGGGCGCCUAGCUGGCUCAGUCAGUGGAGUGUACCUCUCGAUCUCGGGGUUAUAAGUUCGAGCCCCACGUUGGGUGUAGAUUACUUAAAAAUGAAAUCUUUUUUAAAAAAGUAAAAGGACAACCUACAGAAUGGAAGAAAAUAUUUGCAAAUCAUAUAUCUGAGAAGGUUUUAAUAUCCAGAAUAUAUAAAGAACUCCUACAACUCAAACACAAGAUGAACAAGCCAAUUUAAAAGUGGACAAAGAACUUAAAAAGCCAUUUCUCCAAACAAGAUAUACAAAUGGCCAAUAAGCACUUGAAAAGUUGCUCAACAUCACUAAUCAUUAGGAAAAUGAAAAUUAGAACCACAAUGAGAUUACACUUUACACCUACUAAAAAGGCUGUAACUAAAACAACAAAAGACAAAGAAAAAAAGAGAAAACAAAUACUGACAAGGAUGUGGAGAUUGAAACCCUUCUGCAUUGCUGGUUGAAAUGUAAAAUGAUGCAGCUGUUAUCAUAGACAGUAGUGUGGUGGUUCUUCAAAAGCUUAUCAUAGGAUUAACAUAUGAUCCAGCAAUUUCACUCCCAGGUGUAAACCCAAAAGAAUAGAAAACAGGAUUCAAACAGACACUUGUAUACAAAUGCUCAUUGCAUUAUUCACAGUAGCCAAAAGAUGGAAACAACUCAAGUGCCCAUCAACUAAUAAACAGAAAAACAAAAUGUGGUAUAUACAUACAAUGGCUAAAGCCAUUUAUAAGAAAUAAUAAAGUUCUGACACAUGCUACAAUGUGAUGAGUAUCAAAUAACCCAAACACAAAAGGACAAAUACCAUAUGAUUCCACUUACAUGAAAUAUCUAGGAUAAGCAAAUUCAUAGAGAUAGAAAAUAGAUUAGAGGUCACUGGGGGUGAGUGGGUCAGAAGGAUGCUGCCUAAGAAGUACAGAGUAUUUUCCUGGACAAAAAAAGUUAUAAAAUUGAUUGUGGUGAUGGAUAAACAACUCUGUGAAAAUGCAAAAAGCCACUGAAUUGUAGAUGUUAGACGGGUGAAUUUUAUGGUUUGUGAAUUAGAUCUCAAUAAAGCAGUUAAAGGGAAAAAGAAGAGCUAGAAUGCAAUGAAAUGAUUCAGGAACUUAAGGAAAGGUCUGCAUGCACAUGUUUUACUUCAAAGACAAAGUAGCUGUCAUCAAGAGAUGGAUUUACCUUCCUUUUGCAUGGCCAGUCAGUUCAUAAGAUACUAACUUUUUGGCCACUUAUUCUUCUGGUCUCUAACUGAGCUAUUGGAAUUUUUUUGGGUUAGUUAAUUUGAAACCUUUAAAUAGGAACAAAAUGUUUUCAGGUAGUUUUAAAUACACUAAAAAUGUUUAACACAUGAAAUUACUGGAAUCAGAAAUGUAUUUAUUGAAUAUAUAAUUGUAUAGAUUUCUUUGGAAAGUAAGUUACCUGAAACUUACAUCUAUUAAAAACAUGGAUUACUUUGAGUCCUUUUUGUUCUUACUUGGAAUAAUGACAAUAAAUUUUCUACAUGAGGAAUAUGGUUACACUUCCAACAAAAAAUCAGAAAAUAAUAGAAAGCUAUAGUUCUGCUUAUAAUAUUCAAUUCUCUAACUAUUGAAACUAUAUAAUUUUUAAAGCUCACAAAACCAAAAAUAUUUAAAUUCUCAUAAGUUUAUUUUGGGAUUAUUUGUUAUUCUUAAAUCUUAUUGCUAAUAAAUAUUACAAUAGAAAAGUGGCUGAGUUGGUUGAGCAUCUGAUUACGGCUCAGGUCAUGAUCUCAUAGUCUGUGAGUUCAAGCCCCAUGUCAGGCUCUGUGCUGACAGCUCAGAGCCUGAAGCCAGCUUUGGAUUCUGUAUCUCCCUCUCUCUCUCUGCCCCUCCCCCGCACUUGCUCUCUCUCUCUCUCUCUCUCUCUCUUUCUCUGUCAAAAAUAAACAUUAAAAAAUUAGAAGAAAAAUAUUUUUCUUAAAAAUAAUUUCUAAAAAAAAAGCAAUAAUUAUGAAGACAAGAUAGAUAAAAUGUAAUACUACAAAAAUCAUGAUCAUAACCUGUGUUUAAGGGUCUUAGAAAUGCAUGAAUUUACAAAAUAAUCUGAAACAACUUUUUAGCAUUAAAAUAUUUUCCAAUAAUUUUCUAGAAGCCAUUUAGUUUCCUGUUUAUUCAGGCUACUCACUCUUCCAUUCUUCCACCUCUCCAAAUAGGGUAACUUCUAUUUAACUUAUUUUGGUAAGUAAUUACUGGCAUACCACAUAACUAGUUCCUACUAACUUCGAAGGAAGGUGCAAUAGAAGCACUAAGUUAACGCAGAUAGAAGUUAUGGUUUUCUUUCUUGCAAAAAUAACUUUGGUCCAAAACUCAUGACCUAUGCUUCUAGGUCAAAUCAAUGCCUCUAAGUUAAACCAAAGUAUUUUAAAAUUUAAAAAUAAAUACCAGGAAGACUUCAACUUUUUUUUUUUUUUUUUUUUUUUACUAUUUUCAGUUUAAGGGUUCCUAAUGCAUUUGGCUACUACCUAAUCCCUCACAAAGCAAUUACUGCCUUUUAGCAACUUAGAUAUUGAUAAAAUUGAAGGAAAACAAAUAAGAAAGAGAUAUAUGCAGCCAGAAUACUCAAGUCCAUGCAUUUUACUGCUUACCUAAGUAAUAAGUAAAUUGAUACUUGAAUGUGAUGGAGUGAACCACUCUAAGAGACUUCAAAAAUACAUUGAAUUUUUAAUGCUUUUUUUUUUAAAGUUUAUUUCCUGAAAGAGAGAGAGAAUGAGUGGUGGAGGGAGAGAGACAGAGGGAGAGGAUCCCAAGCAGGCUCUGUGCUGUCAGUGUGGAGACUGACGUGGGGCUUGAACCCAUAAACCAUUAUUAGAUCAUGACCUGAGCUGAAAUCAAGAGUUGGAUGUUUAAUCAACUGAGCCACCCAGGCACCCCAAUGUACUCCUCUUUUAAAUAAAAAUCUUUCACUAGAAGCCUCA